GCGACGUAGAUAUUUUCAAUAAUAGCGUUGCAGUGUGAGCAGGCGACUACAGUACACCAAGAAGACACAAAAGUUAGACUCAGUCGCGUGCCGAUGCUCCGGCCCAUACACUAUAUAUCACUCCACAUCUUCUCUGCCGAUCCCAUUCACAUCACACCCCUCUACCAUCCAGAAUGAAGAGGACACUCGUGCCGCGAUUACGGGUAAUACAACGACCAUCACCCACAUUCCGCAGCAGACCUUCCUUCUUCAGCACAUCCUCACGAAAGCCUCACGAAAUCGUCUCCGCCUCAGAAAUCCAAUUCGGCCAGCCACUCCACGAAACACACCCGCACAUAAUCGCACCCGGCCACCUCACCCCAGGAAUCUCAGCUCUAGAAUACCAUCACCGUCGCGCAGCUCUCGCCCGCAAACUCCCACGAAACAGCGUCGCCAUCCUCGCCUCCGCCAACACGAAAUUCCGUUCCGGCGCAGUCUUCUACGAAUUCCACCAAGAUCCCAACUUCUUCUACCUCACAGGCUUCAAUGAGCCCGAAGCCGUCGCAGUCAUCGAAAAGGGACAAAGCGAUGUAGAAUACACGUUUCACCUGUACGUGCGACCGAAAGACGAAAGAGCAGAAUUAUGGGAUGGAGCGAGGUCGGGAGUUCAAGCGGCGCAAGAUGUGUUUAAUGCGGAUGAAGCAGGGGAUGUUGAGAAUAUUGGGAACGUGAUGCCUGAGAUUCUCGCGAGUGCUAAGGAGGUGUUUACGGAUAUAGGCGGGAGUGUGAUGAAAGGUGGUGCGUUUAGUCGGUUCGUCGCAGGGAAUUCGCUGCCCAAGGUUGAUGGGUUGGCGAAGUUGUUGCAGGCUGCGAGUGUCAGGCCUUUGAGACCUGUGCUGAAUGCGUUGAGGUUGAAGAAGAGUGAGGCGGAGCUGGAUUGUAUGAGGAGGGCGGGCAGUGUUUCUGGGAGUGUGAUUACUGAGGCAAUGAAAGGGGUGCCGGCGAGUGAGAAACAGCUUUGGGCGGAUCUCGCGUAUGGAUUCAGGAGUAAUGGACUUGAUGGGGAGGCGUAUGUUCCUGUGAUCGCGGGAGGGAAGAAUGCGUUAAGUAUACAUUAUGUUAGGAAUGAUGCUCUGCUGCAGGAGGGUGAGGUUGUGCUUGUCGAUGCUGGCGGAGAGUAUGGUGGAUAUAUCACGGACAUUACGAGGACGUGGCCUGUCAACGGUCGUUUCACGGACGCGCAAAAAGACAUGUAUAACAUGAUCUUGAACGUGCAGAAGAGCUGCGUUGCGCUCUGUCAUGAGGAUGCGAAUAUGACUCUGGACAAACUACAUCGGAUAUCUGAGAACGGGCUUCGAGAUGGUCUAAAGUCGUUGGGUUUCGAUGUGACUGGCGAUGCUAUGGAUAAGCUGUUUCCGCAUCAUGUCGGGCACUACAUUGGACUGGACGUCCAUGACGCUCCAGGUCAUUCCAGGAGCGAACGAUUACGGCAGAAUCACUGCAUCACGAUCGAACCUGGAGUUUACGUGUCGAACGAGGAGAGAUGGCCGGCGCAUUUCAGAGGACUGGGCAUUAGAAUAGAGGACUCCGUUGUGAUUGGGGAAACUUCGCCAGAGGUGCUGACACGGACAGCCAUGAAGGAGGCUGAUGCAAUAGAGGCAUUGAGGCGAUGACCGCCGGUCUGAAGAAUGCUUUAACCAUUCCUGGCACCACUGCUUAGCAAAGUCUGUGGUAGGACUCUGUUGGCAAGACCGUGUUCUAAUUCUAAUUC